AUGAAUCUAGCAUAUCUUGACGACAAGGAUGAAUGUAAUGACAUCGCUAUUGGUAUCGAUAUUUCAGAGGAUUACAGUCAAACAAACAAUGUCUCUGGUGAUUCACUCAUUAAAAUGAGAGCACAAUGGACUGAAGAAUUAAAGCAAGUCGAAGAUGAAAUUCAAACACUGCGACAAGUCUUAUUAUCUAAAUUUCGUCGGCAGCAGUUUUUAAAGCGCCAGCUUGGUAUAACACCAAUUGAAGAACUAAAAAGUGAGGUUAAACAAGGUCUAGAUACUUUGCGAACCAGUGAUGCAUAUCUUAAAACAUCAGCUGUUGUAAAAACUGCUAAGGAUAAGACAUCAGCUGCAUUAUUUGAGAAAUGGAAUUUAUUACGACAAACUAAUACAUACAAAUCCUUGGAGAAUAAAGUGGGUUCAGCGUGUCUCAAUGUUUACGGCAAAUUGACGCGUUCUAAAACAUUAUCAAGUGGUACUGAACAAAUCAGUAAUUCUGAAAACACUACUAAUACUACUUUUGCAACAGCAGAAAUCACAACGAAAUCGUGUAAUUUAAGGACAAAUAAUAAUAAUUCAGUUCCUCAAUCAGUAUCAGUUAUAUCAUCAUUAUCAACGUCGUCGUCGUUCAAUCCCAAUGAUUCGAAUGGUAAUAAUUACGAUGAGAAUAAUAUCGAAAUAAAUGAAAAUGAUUCUAUACAUUUUGAUCAAUUACUCAACGACGAUAUAUUAUUACAUUCAAAUAGAAUAGAUAAUAAGAAAUAA